UUGUGUGCCUGUGUGCAUCCAUGCAUGUGUGUGCGUGUGCUUGUGUGCGUGUGCGUGUGUGUAUUUACCCGGCCAGUAGGAACCGUCAGUGUUUUCUUCAUACAGAGUCAGUUUGGUGGUUGUGGAGGAUAUUUGUUUUUUCAGGGACAACCACGAUGAGUCUGUGUCAGCAGAGGAUCAGGAUCAUCUCUGGUUUAUUCUUGUUCUCAGUGUCUCUGUGUCAUAGUAAACUGUCCUGUAAAGAAGGACACAGCGGUCCGACCCAUGAGUCCAUGCAGGAUGUGUUUGACCUGAAACCUUUCAGACCAGCGGUGAAUCUUAGCAAUCCCACCAUAGCCAACAUCUCCUUCACUCUGUACGCUGUCCUGGGAGUGAACGAAAAAACCCAAAUACUCACUACCUUCUUGUGGCUGAGACUGUAUUGGCACAACGAGUUCCUGGUUUGGGAGCCUGAUGAGUGUGACGGCGUCACCAGGAUUUCCCUCCCUGUGAUGCACCUCUGGUCUCCUGACAUCAUCGUGUAUGAGUUUGUGGAUGAUGAUGUUUCCCAAGCAUGUCCUUACGUCUACGUGAACCACACAGGUCACAUCCGCUGGGACAGGAUGCUUCGGCUUGUAUCCGCCUGCAACCUGGAGAUCUUCAGUUUUCCAUUUGAUGUGCAGAAUUGCACAUUUACAUUUGGCUCCUACAUGCACACCAUAAGGGAUGUGAGGGUCAGUCCAGCUCUGACAUUUAUUGAGAUGUCUAGUAAUUCAAAGCGUUACCUGGAGGCCAGUGGAGAGUGGGAGCUGGUGGACAUACUGGGGGAGACUUCAAUCCUCCAGUUCGGGAUCGAUGAGUGGGACAUCAUCACCUUCUGGGUGGUCAUAAAGCGACGGCCAGUGCUCUACGUGGUCAACCUGCUGAUCCCCAGCUCCUUCCUCAUGCUCAUCGACAUCCUCUCCUUUUACCUGCCCCCCCACAGCGUUGAUCGCGCCUCCUUCAAGAUGACCCUCAUCCUGGGCUACACUGUCUUCCUGCUCAUCAUGAACGACCUGCUGCCCAGCACAGCAAACGGCACGCCUAUCAUAGGAAUCUACUUCUCAGUGUGCCUCGCCCUCAUGGUCAUCAGUCUGCUGGAGACAGUCAUCAUCACCAAUGUCCUCCAUCACAACUCCAUGAAAUAUCGAGAGGUUCCAAACUGGGUUAGGAUUGUCGUCCUCAAACACAUCGCUAACCUCAUUUGUUACCGAUGGCCGGAAGACGUCCAGCACCCCGUAACACUGCAGAAGGACAAACCUGACAUCUCAAGUGACAGCACUUCAGGCCCCUGGAUCAUCCAACCAGCCAACCAGAUACCUGCACAGCACCCUCCCAGCAAUGAAGGUACAGCUGCUCCUCCUGAACUCCAACAGAUCUGUCAAUACCUGGGCGACCUCCGUGACCACCUCACCUCGCUGAAGAAGGAGAGCGAGCUGCAGGAGCAGUGGUGCCACGUAGGAUACGUCCUGGACUUCCUGCUCUUCCGCAUCUACCUGCUUCUCAUCUCCUGCUACGCCCUGGUGAUCAUCUUUAUGUGGUGUAUCUGGAUUAGUCAGUAGUUACAUGACAUGUGGGUCCAAUGUCAACAAGGGCUGGGUGGACUACUCAUACAGAUGUAAAAAUAACAAAAUAAAAAGGUUAUUUGUUCAACUAGAAGUAACAACUAAGCCUCUGUCAACAUGAACGAGUUGCUGCUACUGUAUCGUUAAUUAAAUUGGUUUCUAUUUUUGAUUCAGCAGGGAAAUAUAAGUGUCUAUGCACAAUGCUGGGUUUGUUUUUGUCGGAAAAUAAAAAAAAAAAAGUGCAGAAUUAUAACUGUGACAUCAUAAUUAUCCUUGUCAAUGGUACAUAAUGUUGGUUACUAUGAUGUGUUGAUAAAGUAACAUAUCACUGGCCCAGUUAUUCUAGGGUCUCAUCUUUGUCCCCAAAAUAAUCUAAAUAGUUUCUUUAUCCAGGGGGAAAUAAAAAAAUAAAACCUUCAUUGCAAAAUGAACUUGUGUAAAACAAUAAAACUCUCCUGCUCCAACAGAAAUCAUU